AUGGAUGACGAAACCCUUGCUCGUGUGGAGCAGCAGCGUACCGAGCUUGAAUCGAACAUCGCCAAAUUGCGCAAAGCGCUGCGCCACUGGCAGACGUUAGAGAUAGAUUAUGAAGGCCUGAAGGAGGAAUUCCUUGGUUUACCAAAUGAUGCUCCGGCUGAAGAGUGCUUGCAAGCUGCUAAGGACUUCAAGCCAGAGGCAAUCGACGACAAAGAGCUGCAGGAACUACUAACGGACAGCAAGUCACGGCCCCGUCGACCUGCUCAGUUGGUGGAUCUUUUGUCUAAGCGUGUUGAUUAUGUUACCCGUAACGUUGAAACAGUACGGAAGCAGCUUUCUGAGGCCGAGAAGAAAAGAAACGUUCUUUUGCUUGCUGAGGAUCCGAACCAUCAAGAGGACGCUGGCCUUCCCCUCGCAGAGAUCACAGAGGAGCUGGACGAGUCUGGAGAAGUGAUAUCUGGGAAGGUGGAAACACCCGGCGCUUCCACCAAUCAGUUGAUCGACGCCCUGCGAAGGGCCGGUGUUGAAGAUUUGAAGGAGACAGAUGGAGAAGUUACCAGUACCGACAAUGGGAGUAGAAAGAGCCCGCCAGCACUAGAUCCGCCCACGAGUACCUCCCAACAACAAGACUUGACGAAUACUUCCGCAGAAAAUGAGCAUAAUCCCACAGAAACUACACUUUCAGAAGACUCUGUCGAUGAGAUCCCUGCCAAUCCUAAUGAUACUGAAACCGAAGCCCAACUUCGCCGAGAAAUGUGGGAGUACUCACAAGGCCUGGAUGAAGUUGGCGCAAUCGUCGCGGAACUAGACCUGGAAGAAGAUGCGUCUGAUGUUUCUUACGAUGAACAGGAUGAGCCGCUUGAUCUAGGUUCCGAUUUUGAUGACGACUUCGAUGACGAGGAGUCGGAGGACGAAACCGGCAAGAGCACGCACCCACUCACCGUACCAAGAGCUUAUCGGAAGAAGAUGGAAGAAUUGCAGGAAAAAUUGGGCUUGAAGAAUAUGGGACCUCAGGCAGCCACGCAGAUAGUUGAAGAGACCCUCAAACAGUCACCAAGACCACCAGCGGCCGAAGCGGCUCGAAAAGCAGCAAUUGCCAGAGACGAAAAAUCAAAGAAGAGCAGCUUGAAGUCGGCAGUGAAGAGUUCUGUUCCCAAAGGGGAUGGUGGGAAGGCUGAGAGCUCGAACAAGAAGAAAGUCGCGUUCUCUUCGGAGCUGGACAUUGCUUCCGAUGAACCAAGUACUAAAUCUACGCCUGUCGCUUCAACCACCCCUAAGAAGCCAUCACAGGCACCCAAGGUGCGACCAAUCAACGAAUCCAUUGUUGAGAGAGAAGUUGCUCCGGUCGAUGAAGAUAAUGUCUUUGCUCCGGCGCCAACGUCUCGCUCAGAGAAACCCUCUCGAUUCAAGGCUGCACGACAAACACAGCCACAGACGCCCAUGUUUGCUCCACCAAUGUCUUUGGGUGCAGGUUUGUCAAGAGCAGAUCAGGACGAGUCCAUCUCCCCGACACCAACAUCGAAGAUUAUCUCUGCCAAUCUUGUCGAACGUCCGUCGUCGAGGAUAGCUACGGCUCCAGAUCCAGACGAUUUCUCGGAAGAGGCCCACCGACAGGAAGUUGCUAUAGAAUAUCAGAGACACCGGAUGAAACGGAUCCUUGCCCAGGAGGACGGCUUUACGGGAAAUGGAGAAGGAGACAACUACGGAGAAAUGAUCACCCCCGGCAGGGGUCAUGACGAUGAAGAUGGCAAGGGGAAAAAGAUUAGCAGGUUCAAAGCCGCAAGAAUCAGUCGACAAAUGGGCUAG